AUGACGACUGGCAGCACUCUCCUCUCUGAAGAUCAUUUCCUCUGCUCCAUCUGCCUGGAUGUAUUCAUUGAUCCAGUCACCAUACCAUGUGGACACAACUUCUGCAUGAUGUGCAUCACCAAACACUGGGACAGAGACAUGCGCUGUGUUUGUCCUCUGUGCAACCAGCGGUUCACUUCUAGACCCAAGCUUCAGGUCAACACGCUCAUAUCAGGAAUCGCUCUCCAGUACAGGAAGUUGGAUCAGGGGAACCAGGAAACCAAAGUGGUAAAUAUUCUGUGUGACGCCUGUGAACAGAAAGCUCUGAAGUCCUGCUUGGUGUGUCUGACCUCCUACUGCGAGACUCACCUGCAACUUCAUCGGACAUUCCCAGGAUUGAGGAGACAUGAGCUGACCGACCCUGUGGAGAACCUGGAAGACAGAAUGUGUGACAUGUAUGAAAAGAAUAAGACUGUUCUGAAAAUAGGACUGAUGAGACAUUGA